AACAAAUACAUCAAAAUACCAACAUUAAUCUCUCCGACCAACGGUCUUCCGUUCCUAAAAUACUCGGCAGCUGGCACAACAAACAAUGGCCACUGCUGUCCUUCUCCUCCUCCUCCUCUCUCUCUCCUCUUUUUCUCUCUCCACCGCACAAGCACCACCCUCCGAAACCCAAUCCCUCCUCAAACUAAAACAAUCCUUCAAAAACUCCGACAAAAUCUUAUCGUCAUGGAUCCCCAACGUCUCCCCUUGUUCCGGCACAUGGAUAGGCGUCGUCUGCUUCAACAACAUUAUCACCGGUCUCCAUCUCUCCGACCUAAGUCUCUCCGGAACAAUCGACGUCGACGCAAUCUCCGAGAUUCGCGGCCUUCGUACCCUCAGCUUCGUCAACAACUCCUUCACCGGCCCCAUUCCACAGUUCAACAAACUCGGAACCAUCAAAUCUCUUCUCCUCACGCAAAACCAAUUCUCCGGUCCGAUUCCUCAGGACUUCUUCUCGCAUUUAAACUCUUUGAAAAAAAUUUGGUUCUCCGGUAACAAAUUUUCCGGCGACAUUCCGGUUUCUUUAACCGAACUCGAUCUCCUCAAAGAACUUCACCUGGAAAGCAACGAAUUCUCUGGUCAGUUACCGAAUUUAAAACAAGAUAUAAAAUCAUUCGACGUUUCGAAUAACAAAUUAGAAGGUCCGAUUCCGGAAGGUCUUUCGAAAUUCGGUGCAGUCUCGUUUGCCGGUAACGCAAAUCUAUGCGGAAAACCGUUGGAAAAGCCAUGUGACGGUUCAUUUUCAUCAUAUUAUUCGCUGCCGAGUCCCGAAACGGAAAACCGUUACGGUUCUGGUUGGGCGGUUAAAGUGAUAGUAAUUCUGUUUUUAGCAGUUAUAGCGGCGAUUAUAUUUCUAUUAGUAAAAUCGAAGCAACGAAGGCGCGAAGACGAUGAUUUCAGCGUUGUUAGCAGAGACAGCAAUGUCGAUGAAGUGAUGCAAGUGCACGUGCCGAUAACACGAGCUUCAUCGGAGCGUGUGGGAAGGAGGAACGUCGGAGAAUCGUCGAAGAGAGGAAGUGGAAUGGGAGGUGCUAGGACUGGGAUAGGCGAUAUUGUGAUGGUGAAUGAUGAGAAGGGUUCGUUUGGUUUGCAGGAUUUGAUGAAAGCUGCUGCUGAGGUAUUGGGGAAUGGUGGGUUGGGAUCUGCUUAUAAAGCUGCUAUGGCGAAUGGGUUGAGUGUAGUUGUGAAGAGGAUGAGGGAGAUGAAUAAAAUUGGGAAAGAUGUUUUUGAUGCUGAGAUGAGACAGUUUGGGAGGAUUAGACAUACUAAUAUUUUGACUCCUUUGGCUUAUCAUUAUAGAAGAGAGGAGAAGCUUUUUGUUACUGAGUAUAAGCCUAAAGGAAGCUUGUUAUAUGUCUUGCACGGUGAUAGAGGAACAUCGCAUUCAGAGUUAACAUGGCCAAUCCGUUUGAAAAUCGCUAAAGGAAUUGCAAGAGGGUUAAGCUUCCUCUACACUGAAUUUUCCACCUAUGACCUACCCCAUGGAAACCUCAAAUCCUGCAAUGUUCUACUAAAUGAUGAUUAUGAACCUCUAUUAAGUGACUAUGCUUUUCAACCACUAAUCAACCCAAGUGUUGCAGUACAAUCGAUGUUUGCAUACAAAACACCAGAUUACAUUCAAAACCAGAAGCUUUCGCAAAAGGCUGAUGUUUAUUGCCUCGGAAUCAUCAUUCUUGAAAUCAUUACAGGAAAAUUCCCUUCUCAGUAUCAUAGCAAUGGUAAAGGUGGUACUGAUGUUGUUCAAUGGGUACUCACCGCGAUUUCAGAGAGAAGAGAAGCUGAAUUGAUUGAUCCCGAGUUACAAAACAAUGCAAAUUCAAUGAAUCAAAUGUUGCAGCUUCUCCAAAUCGGUGCUGCUUGCACCGAAAGCAACCCAGAUCAAAGAGUACACAUGAAGGAAGCUAUUAGAAGGAUAGAGGAGGUGCAACUCUAAAGGUUAUAUCAAUAAAGAAGAUAACUUAAUUCAAAGUUUCAUUUAUAGGUGAGAAUUGCAGGCCGGUGUGAAAUAUUUCAGCUUAUUAGAAUCCUAUGUAGCAUUGCUAAUUCGGAUUAAAGGCGUGUCUGGUGUCUACACGUGUUGCGUCUGACACUGACACAAUAUCACUAAUGUGGUUACAUUCAAUUUUCUUAGAUUAUUAUCAGUAAGUGUCUACAUGUCAGUGUUGUAUUCGGUGUCAAUAGAUUAGAAAGAGUUGAAACUUGAAAGGGUGAAAGGUUGGAACUGGAUAGCUUCAUAUAUUAUGAUUUAAAGUACUUACCUUAAAUUAUGAAACAGAAGUCAUAUUUCAAGAGGAGCUAAAAAUUUGUGUGAUUCUCAUAUAUUGGUCAUUUAGAAAUUUAAGUCCAUACUUAGCCUCAUUAUGCUGAUAUUGGCCCUUGUAAAGUAUGUGCAAUAAAAGCCAUUUUAGGACAGCAUUACUUAAGUUUGUAAAGAAUUAAUUUGUUUUAGUGUUGAUAAGUUUAUAAUCCCA